GUUCGUAAAAUUAACGUAGUCACAGAGCACGACGUCGCAAGAUCACAGAUAGAUCUUUUCCACUAAUCCUCUCAAAAAAAACUUUUAUCACUAAUCGCUUCCAUUCCACUUUGGUUAACCACGCGACUUCCACCAAAUAGUCUUCCUUCCAUGGCCGCGCAACCCUAACAAGGCCACCUCGCGCCGCGCGGAUGGCGGACCCCGGCGGCUGCCUCGAGGUCCGGCUCUUCUACGUGCGCGUCUCCCCACCCGGCGGCGCGACCCCACCCCCGCGCCUCGCGCUCGAGCUCCGCCCCGCGGGCGGCGAGGCCCAGCCCCCCGCCAUCCCGCUCCCGCUGCGGCUCGACCGCCACGACGCCGUCUCGGGCGAGGCCACCUACGUCUCCACAGCGGCCGCGCGGCUGCCCCCUCCAGCCGCGGCCUUCGAUGUGGCCGACCACCGCGGCGCCGCGCUGCUCCGGGGCUCGCUUCGGCGGUGCCCCGGCGCCGAGGGUGGUUCUCCCGCUUGGGAAAUCGAUUGCGUACCCGCCGCUGGGGCGGCCGCGUCGGCCUCGGCCUUCGAGGUGUAUGUCGCCGGGUGCUGCGCUGGCGAACCUGCGGUGCUCACGCACGCCCUGCGGCUAGCCACCCCUGAGGAAGCUGCCGGUGCGAUGGUUCGCCGCCGAUCGGGGGCAUUGGCGGCUGCUAGCAAUGAAGGUGACAAUGAUAUGAACACUGGUAACAUGCAAUACCCUGAAGGUUGGUACUCUGACGAUGAUGACGGGCAACUAUCAUGGUUCAACGCUGGCGUCAGAGUUGGUGUAGGCAUUGGCCUGGGAGUCUGUGUCGGUGUAGGCAUAGGCGUCGGGCUCCUAAUGCGCUCCUACUAAGCAACAACCAGAAGCUUGAAGAGGCGAUUCUUCUGACAAUGUUGCAGCUGAUGCAGCAACCUAUGAUGACCAGAGCAGAGUUCUGCCCCACAUACUUGUAUAGUUCAUGUGUUUCUUGUGCAGGAGGGGAUUUUUGUUUUCCUAGAUUUUUUGUGAAUGUGGUACAUGGCUCUUGCCGUUUCUUGUAUGGUAUGCAAACUGUGAAGUUGAUCCUCGGACAUGUGAAGAAAAUGGUUUCUAAUUUUAAGAACGGAGCAGCUGCAUGGGUUGCAACUUGCAACUUUGUGCUGUGGGUAAUUUGUUGAUUCCGUCAUCAACUUACAACUAAUGCUAACUUCGAGCAAACGUUGUCAAAGCUACAGUUAUUUUGCUUUAUGUUAAGGACUUUUUGGAGAUA